UAUUUGUGCCCAGCUAAAGUGGACAAAGGAUUAAAGUGCGCUGAGUACCGCCGCCGUGAUUUGCAUCUCGGAGCCCCUUCCCACGGGCCCCCUCUGCUCCCGGCCAGGGUUUUGUUUUGGCUGUGAGCCAGCCGGCAUCGCAGCCCUGUUUCCAGAAGUGAUACCGGGGUUAAUAUUGCAAAAUACUCCCAUCAAAGCUUUUAGUUGCUACUGAAGCAGAAGCAUCAAACCAUGGGUCAGGAGCUGACAGGGCUGCGCGCACAGGGGAUGUGCCGCACACUCGCUGCCCUUCGCUUCAGCUCUGGUCUCAGCCUCAGGUAUGAAUCUUUCUGAGCACACCACCACGGUGAGUUUGAAAUAAUGAAUGAGAUACAACUAUUACUAAUAUUUAAAGCUGCACGCAAAGCUCAGUUGUAGCUAUUGUUUUAGAGAAAAAGCACUCUCUGAGUGCUAAAUAAAUAUUGCUCUGUGCGGUGACCUUAAGGGCAUAUUUUUGAGCCUAUCCAGCUGAUGAAGUGUUUUUUACUGUGUGUUUAUUCACGUGGAUGGGGAACUCUAUUGCUGCACAUUUGGUGCUGCUGGUCUCAAAGAAAUCAGAAGUGGCAUCUCUCAGAAGAAGCUCUAGACCUAAACAGAAGUAAAGCAAAAGCCUCUCUGUGAUCACCGCGUCCUAAUUAACGGCUUUACAAAUGUUUCUUCACCACCAGCACUUUCUAGGUGGAUGCAGUUUUCCCAACAGGUUCACAUCGAGCUCUGCCAUGACGCGCAAGCUUUCUCUGUUUCUAUUUUUCUCAGCGUUUGCUUUUUUCCUCCUCUCCUCAGUGCAAGGAGUAAGUGACCUUAGCAAUCGCCAGCAAGGGGACUCCGUAUGAUGAAAGCAGGUGAAAGGGAAAAUCAGGGCGGAACUGGGUAAGGCCAAUUCCUACCUCGGAGGAGGUGUGGUCCUGCUCUGUACCUGGCUGUGGUCACAGCCUUGAGAAGUAUAAAAGGGCCAGGCAGUUGUUUCUCAAGCAAUCUGUUGCCAGGAGCCUGUAGCGAGAAGGAAGGGAGGUGCUGGAAGAAAUGCAGAGCAAGAAGUCUAGAGUGUCAGCCGCAAAAGGUGUGGGACACACUGGUGCCUCUGAGCCUCGGGAACACCACCAGUUCUUCUCUGAAGGUCUGUUGGCUGGGCUGAGGGUCGCAUGGUAGCUGCAGUACCUUUCUCAGCAGGCCAGCUUAGGUGGAGAAAGAAGCCAUCAUGCCCCAAAGAGGACGAGGAGUGCAUGAAGCUGCCAAGCCCCAGGACCAGGGAUGGGCAUGGAUGGUCCUGUUCACCGCAGUGCUGCUGCAGGCACUGACACUGGGCUUCCCCUCCUGUAUUGGCGUCUUCUUCACGGAUCUCCAGCACGAAUUCCAAGCCAGCAACAGCGAGACAUCGUGGUUUCCAUCCAUCAUGGUAGCCGUGCUGCAUGGAGGUGGGCCCCUUUGCAGCAUCUUGGUGAAGCGCUUCGGCUGCCGGUUUGCUGUGAUGCUGGGUGGCCUGCUCAGUGGAGUGGGCAUGGUGUCCAGCUCCUUCUGCGGGUCCAUCAGCCAGCUCUACCUAACAGCCGGCCUCAUCACUGGUCUGGGAUCAUGUUUCAGUUUCCAGGCAGGAGUGACUGUGCUGGGCUACUACUUCGUGCGGUGGCGAACGCUGGCCAAUGCCAUGGCAUCCACUGGCGUCUCUCUUGGAUUCACGCUGUGGCCGCUGCUUUCUCGAUACCUGCUGGAUGAGAUGGGCUGGAGAAACACUUUUCUUAUCUUUGGGGGAAUAUUAUUGAACUGUUGUGUCUGUGGAGCCAUCAUGAGACCAGUUGAGCUUGCACCAGGGACACCCCUACAGUCACCCAACCCUGCAGAGGAGCCAGAGAGAAGAGCAGAAGGGGCACAACUGUCCAACACAGCAUCUUCUCCCCACCCCAAGAUACAGAAGCAAACCAGAAGGACUGCAUGUGUCCACGCACUGCAGAAAUACCUGGCUUUUGACAUCUUCUGUCAAAACAAAGGUUACCAGAUUUACACUAUCGGAGUGACCUGGAUGAUGAUGGGGUUUGCUUUACCCCACGUCUACCUUGUGCCUUAUGCCAUCCAUAGCGGGGUGGAGGAACGCAGGGCAGCUCUCCUCAUCUCCGUUAUCGGGUUGAUCAACAUCUUCAUCCGCCCUUUGACAGGGCUGCUCUCGGGACACAGAAUUUUCACAGGAAGACGCAUCUACCUGUUCAGCCUGGCUGUGCUCCUCUGUGGGCUGAGCAACUUCAUUUGUGUCAUCUCAGCCGAGUUCAGUGUGCUCAUCGUCUACUGCGUCAUUCUCAGCAUAGCCAUGAGUGGCAUCGGGGCACUCACCUUCCAGGUGCUGAUGGAUGUGGUGGAAAUGGACAGGUUCUCAAAUGCUCUAGGGCUCUUCACCAUCCUGGAGAGCAUCACGAUCCUUGUUGGACCUCCUCUGACAGGUCUCCUGGUGGAUGUAACAAAUGAUUUCCGCUACGUUUUCUACAACUCCAGUUUCUUCCUGAUAUCGGCUGCACUAUUCAUGGGGCUCAGCUUCUGCACUCUGGAAAAAAAAAACAAAUUGAAAGAGGGUUCAAAAGUACCUUUGGAUAGUCCCUUCAAAUAUCAGUACAACGAAACGCCAGCUGAACCACAGUGUGAAAGCCCGUCUCCUCCAGCAGUUGUGUACAUCACAAGCAUAUGAAAAUAAAGAAAUUACAGAAAAAAAAUGAGGAGCAUAAGUAAUUACGUGGCCUGAACAAAGCUACACAUGGGCCAGCACUGCUGGCAGAUGAGAAAACAAGCGUCUGCUUUCCACAACUGCCAUCAUCCCUCUGCCCUGCACUUCCACUCCGUGGGGCUGUGUCAGACUCCACGUGAGUGACCCAGACCACAGGCUGAGCCCAGAGCUCAGCGUCGGCCAAAGAGCUGAAGGACAAAGAGAACUGUGCUUUCCUAAAGCAAACCACGGGACAACAGCCAUGGUAACCGGUGCUGAGGGACAAAAGCAGUGUCAGGUCAAUUGUUUUAAGUCAGCGCCUUUGAGAAGUCACUGGAAUUUCAUAUGCAGGUUUCAGUUGGUACCACUGGAUGAGAUGUCUUAAUGGUCAUGCACAAUGGUCACUCUUUCACAAAGAAGUGUUACUGCCUUGUCUGAAAAUGCGAUUUUGGUGCAGGCUGAUAUGAAGUUUCCCCAGUUGCUUCCCACGGUUGGGGCAGCAAACCACAUUCCACGUGAGGUCUGGGUUUUUUUCCACAUCUCUAAAUAUUAGAUGGAAGCUGCUGCAUGGGCUGCAGAACUGUGUUCUGCCAAAGGUCUAGUACAAUCAAACAUUUUCUCCUACGAUGUGUAAAUACAAGUUCUUCAUGCCAAGGACAUUGUCACAGCCUCAGAGGUUUAACUCUAGAGCAUCAAAAUGAAAUAAACCCAAACCUUAGAGUGCCUCCUUUGUAUAACAAGUGAUAUCUCAAGUGCUGCUUGAUAUAUCAUAAAACAGGAUCAAUGGCUUGCAUAAAUGCAUUUCUUUCCAGCGUUAACUGGGACCUGUUUUUGGAGGGGGUGUGGAGAAGUUGUUACUAGACCUGAGAAUAAGUGUAUGCAUGCCUACACAGGGCUAAAUUCAAAGCCAUCGUCAUUUCCCUUGUGUAAAUUUACCUCUUUAGUCUUAGACUCUCAGGCUUAAUUACAUCAGUGUUCUCAUUAUAGAGAAGUUUGCACAAGCAUAACCUGCAAAGAAAACCAUGGGGAAAAGUACACUGGGAAGAGUCCAGCAUCACCGCCUUUCCUAUCUAUACAGCCUCGACUGAACAGCCCCAGGAGUUACACUUUUAAGCACGCAGAUGAGAGCAGAUUCACUCUCCAGCCUCCUUCCGCACCGGCUUGAGUUGUGAGCUGCUCAUCUUCUGUACCAUUCCUGAUCUGACAGAAGCAGAGCUCACAAAGCACUGAAGAUAAAGAUCACUUUGCACAUUAGAACCAUCAGAACCACAAACAGGGAGCAAAGUGGAGGAAGCUAACGGUGUUCAACUCGGCUGCAGUACUUAUCCUUGAGAGCUGUUGUAUCACAUUCUUAGCUACAAACCCACAAUUAUCAUUCGAGCUGCGGGUUAACCAGACAUAACAAACCAACCAACCAAAGGAACCCAUACUGGAUGAAACCACUGGAAAACUGACUCCAAGGCCCUCCAAGACUAUAACGGCUUCACCGCCGGCUUUUGCUAUGGAAGAGGGUCAGCCCUUCAGAAGGGUUGCUGCUCCCACCACUCAGCAGCAUCCCUAUAUUUCAGUCCUGCUCUAGGACUGUUGAGCCAGUAAGUUUUGCAUUUCCUGAUCAAACACACACUUCAACACGAGGACAAGCAGCAGACAGACAGGUCCAAUUUCCCAUCGCACAGGUUUGUUAAUUUGUGUAAUGCUAACAUAGCCCACAACAAGGAAUAAGCAGGGACUGGUGCUUCUCAGCUUCCCAUCACAAGGACUGCUGUAUGUUCCUAGGCAAACAGGGA